CUUCUCUCCCUGCUCUUUAUUCCACCUCGCACUUCAGUAUUCGUCGUCGUUGUUCGUUGUAUGUCAUAACCUCUUGUCAUUCUGGCUUCUAGAUAAUUACUUUUCGCGAGCUAUGACCACGUACUCUGAUACCCACGCCUUUAUAUCGGUUUCCACCGAUACUCUGGCCGUCGAGGUUCCUAUUGAGCGGUUAAUUGCGCACGAUGCCCGACGUUUGGCGGCUAGGAUUUGCUAAGGAGCCAAUCGGAUACACCUGCAACAUCGAGCUUCUUGCCUCGUUUGUCGGCUACUGCAGCUCUCGACAUGCUGCUGUAGCACUGGCCACCUUUGGCCACUUUUGUGACUCGUUCUGCCAAGAUGCAGAUAUUCACCUAGUAAUCCAACGACACGGGCUCGAUGAGGAGCAGGCGCGCCGAGUACUCAGAGGGUACUACUCUGUGUGGAAUUUGACUGAGCCCCAUGGCAGCCAUUGCAUACCACACUACACUCCGGCACUACUCUCCGACCCAGAUGUCAGUUUAAUGGCCCUGUUUGGUGGCCAGGGUGGCAUGGAGAAUUACAUGGACGAGGCACGCUGGCUGCUUGAUGUGUACGCACCGCUGCUCGGCGACUUUGUCUCCCGAAUGUCAGCGUUUCUUGAUCGCGAAUGCCAGGACCCACGGCUUGCUCAGCUCUACGAUAGCGGCUUGGACCCCCCACCCGAUACUUAUUUCGCACACGUGUCGGUUGCCAUUCCGAUCACCGGGCUAGUCCAGCUCAUGCACGUGAUGGUCUUGUACAAGACCCUUGGGAUAUCUCCAGGCGAACUGACAGACAGCUUUACAGGUGCCAUGGCAGAACUGGAGCGACCAGAAUCACACAUCAGCCAUGACCUCGUUCAAGAGGCUGAAAAUCACGAGGGCACACCGGCACCGAUGGUGUCUGUGCGCGGAAUCGACAAGCCCCAGUUGCUCCAGCUUAUCCACGAGUACAACGGACGGCAGUCAGGCAAGUGGGCGAGCGUCUAUUUGUCGCUGGUCAACACUCGUAAUCAGUUCGUGGUGUCAGGUAUGACAGCGCCAUUGGCAAAGUUCGUGCGCCAAUCUCGGGUGCCGUUCUCGCAGCGCAAGCCGAAUGCAAAGAUGUCAUACUUGACCAUCAACGGGCCAUAUCACUGUGAGCUACUCCAGCCGGUUAUCGACAAGCAGCGGGAAUAUGCGUACGAGAAGGGGUGGGUGCUGGAUGCAGCAGGACCUACGGCAGAGCUGUUCAAAGAGGACAUUGCAGAUGUAAUCGAGGCACAUAAUUGGCAGAAGCAGUUUGCUCCGCGACUUGUUCGCACGGCGCACAACGAUCAGCUGCAUAUUGACACGCCAAUGCAUCGCAUACUGGGCAUGCCGCCGCUAAUGGUUGGUGGCAUGACACCCACUACUGUCAACGAGAAAUUCGUUGGCGCAAUCAGUCAGGCUGGGUACCAUGUCGAGCUCGCCGGUGGCGGAAUCUUCACGAGGGAAGCUCUAGAGGCCAAGGUCAAUAGCCUGAUGCAGUAUAUUCGGCCGGGCCAGGGAAUCACGCUCAACGGCAUCUACCUCAACCAGCGGCUGUGGGCGUUCCACUACUCGGAGAUCCUCCGACUUCGACGGGCCGGAUUCCCGAUUGCCGGUGUGUGCAUUGGUGCCGGCGUGCCCUCGUUGGAAGUGGCAAACGAGAUUAUCCAAAGCUUCCGUGUUGCUGGUCUACAGCACGUCAUUCAGAUAGCCCACGACAACUCGGAUUUCCCUGUUAUUCUUCAGUGGACCGGCGGACGUGCUGGCGGCCAUCACUCAUGCGAGGAUUUCCACCAGCCCUUGCUUGAGACGUAUGCGGCAAUUCGUGGCCAGCAAAACAUUGUGCUUGUCGUUGGUUCUGGGUUUGGUGACGCGGACGGUACAAUUCCAUAUCUUACAGGUGACUGGAGCCUGACUUACGGUAGGGCGCCAAUGCCGGCUGACGGCAUUUUGGUUGCAUCGCGCGUGAUGACUGCACUAGAAGCUGGCACGUCUCUGGCUGGCAAGCAGCUAUUAGCACAGACACCCGGGCUUGUCGAUUCCGAAUGGGAGAAGACGUAUGUGGCGGCUGCUGGUGGGAUUAUUACAACACCUUCAGAAUAUGGCGAGCUGAUGCAUGCUGUAGCGACGCGCUCAGCGAUUUUCUGCCGGGAGAUGCACGACACGAUCCUGCCUAAGCGCGACUACAUCAUUGCACGUCUGAACGCCGACCAUGACCUUGAGGAGAUGACGUACCUGGAAGUCUCCUUGCGGCUGGCGGAGCUUAUGUACAUUCAACGGCCAGCACGCUGGAUCGACCCAUCGUAUCUUGUGCUUUUUGGAGACUUCAUCCGCCAUAUUGAAGACCGGUUCUCAGGCAACGUGCAUGCAUAUGAGCUGCAGACCAUCGGAGAGAUAUCGGAUCCACUGCUCACAUCAUCAGAUGCUACCUACUUCAUUGCGCUAUGCCGACGUCGUGGCCAGAAGCCAGUUCCAUUCAUCCCAGUACUGGACAAAGACUUUGCGAGCUGGCUGCUCAAGGACACUAUUGGUCAGUCUGAGGACAUCGAUUCUGUUUUUGACCAGGAUAUCCAGCGCACUACCAUCCUGCAAGGGCCUGUUGCUGCGCGGUAUGUGACUAAGGUGAACGAGCCAGUCAAGGAUAUUCUUGAUGGGAUUUACCGCGGCCAGAUUGCUGCGCUGCUGCAUCCGCCUGCACCCCUGCUUUUGCCUGAUUCGGUACAGCGCCACAUGCUCGAGGACUCAUGGGUGUACCAGCUCCCUGAUGACGGGUCACAGCUACCGGACCUCGAAGCAUGGGUCGAACACGCUAACUGGCCCACGCAAGUCGUGGCUGCACGCACUGCUGACAGCACCAGUGAUUACGCCAGGGCUCCAAAGUUCACGGAUAACUUUGUGCGCAGCAUCAUGCGUCCACGACCAGGACAGGUGGUUUCAGUGCACCUUGUUGAUGGUGUGCCAAUGCGGAUCCGCGUGUCGCGCCGUAAUCCAGAGCUGCCAGUGGAGUUCAUGUUCAUAUAUCGCCCUGACACGCCGUAUGCACUGAUUCGAGAGGUCAUGGACGAGCGUGAUAGUCGCAUAUGCCUCCCAAUGCGAGCUAUUGCCAGCAUUGGUGAUGGCUGCGGAGAACCGUUUGAGUCGGCUGUCGAUAUGACCAAUCCGACAAGUGUUCCUUCUCCUGACACAUUCCGGUCCCUCAAAGUCGGAGACACAGUCGACUACGAGGUAUCCAUGCAAGAGCUUGUUAAUGUCGUUGGAGGCAAGAAGCUGGAUGCUGAUCUCGUGCCCGGCAGUGUACUCGAGUUUGAACUCUACUCGCAGUAUCGCUACAAGACCGAUACUGUCUAUUCCUACAUCAAAACCACUGGCCGCGUGAUGCGCCGAGAUGGCUAUGCACCAGGACAUAAGACCGUUGUCGGUGAAGUCGAUUUUGAAUGCCUCGAGUCGCUGGGAAAUCCUGUGGUUGUGUUCCUACAACGGCAUGGAGCAGCUAUAGAUUCGGAGUCGCUGUUCGACGGGCUAGGAAUCCCGGUCCAGAGGUCGAUGCAAACAGUAGCCCCACGCUCUGCACACCCAUAUGCGGAGGCUUCUGGCGAUAUAAACCCGAUACAUACCAAUCCGUACAUGGCCAACUAUGCGGGCUUGCCUGGUACGAUAAUUCAUGGAAUGUGGACGGCGGCAGCCACGCGGGCAUUUGUCGAGGACGCUGCUGCACACGGAAUUCCUGACAGAAUGCGCGCCUAUUCCGCAGAAUUCGUCGACAUGGUUUUCCCUGGCGACAGGCUGGAGACCAAGCUGCAUCACAUUGGCAUGAAGAAUGGCCGUAUGUUGUUCAGCGGUGAGACCACUAACCAACAUGGGUCAACAGUACUCACCUGCACUGCUGAGAUUGAACAGCCGCUGACCGCAAUGGUAUUUACCGGCCAAGGCAGCUCGCAGGCGUGUGGGAUCCGCGCUGAUGCACAUAUGCUCGCAAAGUACGGGGUGUCAUUGCUGAGUAUUGUGCGCGGGAACCCGACCGAAGGGACAUCGGUGCGCAGCUCCUACAUGUCGCUGACAACCGAAGUUCCAAACGGUGAUGGCACUGUCCGCAUCGUUCCGCUAUUCCCUGGCAUCAACACGCGCACACGCAGCUUCAAACACCGAGCCGUCGCUGGUCUGCUGAAAUGCGACUCAAGUUCACGCAAGCCUGCGCAAACAGUGUUCGCAUUGGCAUGCAUUGCCGACAUGCGCGCAAAGUCGCUUAUUUCCGAGCGUACGCUGUUUGCAGGACACUCUCUUGGCGAAUUCGGUGCCUUGGCAGCCAUGACCCAUAUAUUCACUGUGGAAGAUAUUGUCGACAUCACCUUCUAUCGCGGGAUGCUGCUCAAUAUGUCAGUUGAGCGUGAUGAGCAGAACUGCUCGCAGUACGGCAUGGUCGCAGUGAAUCCGACCAGGGUUACUCCCGGGUUUGGCGAGCGCGAGCUGUGCUUUCUGGUUAACUUUAAUGUUGACGAGCAACAGUAUGUCGUUACUGGCCAUCUGUCGCAGCUGGAGGCUCUUCGUCGAGUGCUGGAUAUUAUCAGCAGCAAGAAAAUCGAUACAUCUGGGCACGCUGGGAAGGAGCAUACCGUUAGGCUUAUCCAGGAUGUCCUUGAGCUUCUGGACGGUGACAUUACGCCUAGGCGCGGUCGUGCGACGAUUCCCCUCUCCGGCAUUGAUCCUGUUGCGUGCUUCCGUCGCUGCUUGCAAGAGCGGAUCCCAGCCGGACGUGUCGACUAUCAGCAGCUCCGCGAUGUAUACAUCCCGAAUGUUACUGCACGUGCGUUUGAGGUGUCUAGGAGCUACUUCCAGUAUGCAGAGAGUAUCACUCACUCACCGAUUUUGGCCCAGGAGAACGACCAGGAUACAUCGAAUUUGGCUCGUACGCUGCUUAUUGAGCUCAUUGCAUACCAGUUCGCCUCGCCCGUGCGCUGGAUUGCGACUCAAAAAUUGCUGUUCGGUACACUCAGUGUCGACCGCCUUAUUGAAGUGGGACCGACGCCAACACUCAAUGGAAUGGCUCACAAGACACUGGCGACGGAUCCAUUUGCUGAGCGAGACGUGGCAAUCCUACAUAUCCUGCAGAACGAGAGCGAUGUGUACUACUCCCACUGGAUCGAUGUCACAGACAGCAAGACGAUCAAAGAACUUGCUGGUGGCAAGUCGACGCUGCAGAACGAGAUUGUCAGCGAGCUGCAGAAGGAGUUCGGCAAGAAGGUCCCAGACAAGGCCGAAGAAAUGCCGCUUGGUGACCUGGCCGCGUCAAUUGGGGCUUUCGGUGGGGCGCUGGGUAAGACACCAACCACUCUGAUUGCCCGCAUGUUCGCUGCCAAAAUGCCUGGCGGGUUCACCCAGUCAAGCGCACGUGCAUAUCUGAAAUCUGCAUACGGGUUUGGUGCGCAGCGACAGACAGCUCUUUUCCUUGUGGCUGUAACCAUGGAGCCUCCAAGUCGUAUUACACAGGAGGUUGAGGCAAAGCGCUGGUUGCAUGCUGUGGCCGAGAUUUAUGCCAAGCGCGCAAACAUUUCCUUGGCUGACGCUUCAGGGUCAAGCGGGUCUGGCAGUGCAGGCGGCGACGGCGUACCAGUCGUGAACAGUGCAGAGUUUGAACUGGCACAGAAGGAGCAGCGCGAGCACAGUUUACGGCAGAUAAAGGUUCUUGCGCAGCAUAUCGGAUUGGAUCUGUGCAAGCAUGAGCGGAUGUACGAGGCUGCUAUGGCCGAUAACACGGUGACUGCGGGCUCAGGCGACGAGUUUGUUGGCGGCAUACAGCCAAUGUUCGAUAAGAACAAGGCACGCUUUUACGAUUCGUGCUGGAACUGGGUGCGCAUCGAUAUGUACGAGCUGCAAAUGCUGAUGCUGGCCAAUCGAUCUACUCCGCAGCUGGUCAAAUACCUUCAUGCUACAGUUGGGAUUUUGGAACAGCAGGCAGACGACAUGGCCCUAGCAGCACUGCAAAGCGUUACCGAUGUCUUGGCCGCCGCCAAACCCGCACAAAGCAAGCCACCUGUAUAUAAAGGUGUUGCCACUAUUACCCGCCCGCACACCACGGUUUCUAUGGCAGGCGAGGUUCUAUAUGAGGAGCUUGCCAGAGAAGAUGAGCCGAGUUACAGCGAGUACGUCGAGCAUAUGUGCAAGCCCAAUGCUGAUCACGAGUCGUUUUUGUUUAUCAAGAGCAAGGCGCGCGGCCGCACGUGGCUGCUUAACAAAGCACACACCGACAUUUACUUUGACGGGCUGCGUCAGAUGUGCACAGAGGGACUUUCGCUAGGUGGCACCACUGCGCUGGUCACUGGCUGUGGCUGUGGGUCGAUCGGGAGCGAGGUCCUCAAGGGGCUGUUGGCCAGUGGCGCAAAGGUCCUGGCAACCACUUCCAGCUACUGCCGCAAAUCAACGCAAUACUUUGAGGACAUUUAUCGAAAGCAUGGGUCACGCGGGUCACAGCUGGUGGUUGUUCCGUUUAACCAGGGCUCUAUCUCGGAUAUUCAGGAGUUGGUUGACUUCGUUUACAGCGAGCAGGGUCUGAACUGGGAUCUCGACUUUAUCGUGCCGUUUGCGUCAGUUUCAGAAAUAGGGCAGGACAUCACUGGGGUCAGAUCCAAGUCUGAGCUAGCCCAUCGUGUUAUGUUGACCAACACCAUCCGCCUGUUGGGCCAGGUUGCGUCUGUUAAGGCCAGGCUUGGUUUAGACCUUUCGCCCACCCAAGCCAUAUUGCCUCUAUCUCCAAACCAUGGCGUGUUUGGCGGCGAUGGGCUGUAUGGCGAGAGCAAGGCUGGGCUUGAGACGUUACUCAACCGCUGGCGCUCUGAGUCAUGGUCUGCAUACUUGUCGAUUGUGGGUGCGGAUAUUGGAUGGACGCGCGGCACUCGCAUGAUGGAUUUGAAUGAUACGUUGGCCGAAGUGGUUGAGCAGCACAAUGUCCGCACAUUCUCCCCUUCGGAGAUGGCAUUCAACAUCCUUGGUCUCCUGCACCCGGCUAUCUGCGAUAUUGCGCUGGAAUCGCCGGUAUGGGCAGAUCUGAGCGGUGGAUUCGAGCAGUUCUCUGAGAAUAUAAGCUCGAUGGUUGGCACUCGGCACGCUUAUGCAGAGCAAGGAAAGCUAAGGGUGGCGCUUCUCUCUGCUGCGGCUCAGGACCACCAAGAGAUGUCUGCGACGCGAAUGGUCGAUGUUUUCACAUUGGACAAUGUUGAGCCGCUGUCAUACGAGCAGCUUGCACACCUGCGCCACCUUGAGGGUAUGGUCAAUCUAGACAAGGUAGUUGUGGUCACCGGGUACGGAGAGGUGAAUCCGUUUGGCAACGCCGAGACACGGUGGCAGAUGGAAGCGUAUGGCGAGUUUUCUCUCGAGGGGUGUGCCGAACUGGCCUGGAUCAUGGGCCUGAUCAAGCACCACAGCGGACCACUUGCUUCAACUGGAGAUGUCUAUAUUGGCUGGGUUGACAGCGAGAGCAACGAGCCAGUCAAAGAUCACGAUAUCAAGGCCAGGUACGAGUCGCGCAUUGUUGCCAGCACUGGCAUUCGUGUUCUUGAUCCCUCAGCGACAAAAGGGUACGACCCGAACAACAUUGUAAUGAUGCGCGAGAUCCAGGUCGACCAUGACUUGGAGCCGUUCGAGGCCACUGCGGACGAGGCUGGCCAUUUCAAACGCGGUAACGGCGAUAGGGUUGAUGUGUGGGAGAAUCCCGACGGAACAUGGUCCGUGCGGUUCUUAAAGGGUGCUGUGAUCUCGGUCCCCAAGGCGCUGCAGUUUGAUCGACUUGUCACAGCACAGCUACCAACUGGCUGGAGCGCUGAGCGCUAUGGAAUCCCAAAAGAUAUCAUUGACGUAGUCGACCCAGUUGUGCUUUAUGGACUUGUCGCGACAGUCGAGGCGCUGCUGCGAUCUGGAAUAACCGAUCCAUACGAGCUAUACAAGUAUUUCCAUGUGUCUGAGGUUGGCAACUCUACUGGUGCCUGCUUUGGUGGCGCGGAUGCUAUGAAGGAUAUCUUUGGAAACGGCGCCCUCGACAAGGAUGUCAAAACAGAUGUUGUGCAGGAGAUGUUCAUAAACACAGUGGCCGCCUGGACCAACAUGCUUCUCUUUGUCAUCGUCCGGCCCCAUCAAAGCUACAGUCGGCGCCUGCGGAACCACGGCCAUCCUAGAAUGAUGGUUGCCGGUGCAUUUGACUCGUACAGCGGCGACGCCGCCUAUGCAUUAGGCAAAGUCAACGCAACGGCAAGCUCUAUUGAUGAGGGCAAGCGCGGCAGGACUCCUGCGGAGAUGUCGCGUCCGUGCACAUCCAGCCGCAACGGCUUUGUCGAGAGUCUGGGCGCGGGAAUCCUGACACUGAUGUCUGCUUCAGCCGCAAUCGAGUUUGGCGCCCCGAUAUAUGGUGUGCUGGCAAUGACCGCUACCUCAACAGACAAAGAGGGCCGUUCCGUGCCGGCGCCUGGACAAGGAAUUCUGACCACCGCCCGUGAAAUUUCCACGGCAGUUCCAUCACCGCUGCUUGAUUUUGAGUACCGUCGCGAGGAGCUAGCGGAGCGGAUCCAGGAAAUCGACCAGUGGGUCGGACCGUUCAUUCAAUGUGAGGCUACCAAGCUACGUAAGGAUGCACAGGACAAGUGGUGCAACGAGUUCUGGCACCGCGAUCCAACCAUUGCGCCUCUGCGCGGUUCACUGGCGACAUGGGGACUGACUGUCGACGACAUUGGACUUGGUCCCCACGUUAUCAAUCAGCAGUUUGGACAUCUCGGACGUACACCCGGACAUGCAGUUCCUGCUGUGUGCCAAAAGUGGCUGACAGGCCACCCAAAGGGACCUGCUGCAGCAUGGAUGUUGUCUGGUGCACUGCAGUCACUACGCACUGGGAUUGUGCCUGGAAACCGCAACGCUGACAAUAUCGAUGAGGAGCUUGAGCAGUACGACUACAUUUUCACGCUGGAGGAAUACCAUUACAAGGUCAUGGAGCGUGAAGCAAAGGCUUGCUGCUACUGGAGCAACGCGCUAACUGGCAAGCACACAUUCGUGCAGGUCAAGGACGCGCCCCCGUACACGGACAAACAAGAACCCGGUGUCUACCUGAAUCCGAUGGCCCGAGUCCAGUUUGAUCCUGUUGUGAAAAAGUAUCGUUUCUAGCCACAAUUUCAUCUCAAAUUUAUCUCAUCAAUAAUCAAUCAUAUCUGCAUUGGCACCAAGUUUU